AUGAGGCGCGCGCCUUCGCUCACGUGGGAGCAGCCGCCGGGGGCCAAUGAGCGCGCGCGGCGGAGGGCGAAGGGCAGGCCGGCGCUGCGUACUCGCCGGGGACGCUCGCUCGCGCCCUUCCUGCGACGCAAUCAAAUGAUGCUGUUUGGAAAAAUUUCCUGGCAGUUGUGCGGCUUAAAGAAACUCCCAUGGUCAUGUGACUCCAGAAACUUCUGGGGCUGGCUGAAUACAGUGUUUAAUAAAGUAGAUUAUGAACGCAUCAAGGAUGUUGGCCCCGAAAGGGCAGCCUCCGAGUGGCUGCUGCGCUGUGGGGCCAUGGUACGCUAUCACGGCCAGCAGAGGUGGCAGAAGGACUACAACAACCUCCCCACAGGCCCUCUGGACAAAUACAAGAUCCAGGCCAUCGAUGCCACUGACUCUUGUAUCAUGAGCAUUGGAUUUGAUCACCUGGAGGGCCUGCAGCAUGUUGAAAAAAUAAGGCUAUGCAAGUGUCAUUAUAUCGAGGAUGGCUGUUUGGAGAGAAUUAGUCAAUUUGAAAAUUUACAAAAAAGUUUGUUGGAAAUGGAAAUAAUUUCAUGUGGGAAUGUCACAGACAAAGGCGUCAUUGCUUUGCAUCAUUUAAGAAACCUCAAGUAUUUGUUGCUAAGUGAUCUUCCUGGAAUAAGAGAGAAAGAAAACCUUGUUAAAAUCUUUAAGACAUUACUACCUUAUAUGGAACUAAAAUUAGACUUGAGUCAAAAUAAUAAUCAUCAAUAA